ACGUUGUUUGUUACUAAAAGGUAGGCGGAAGCUGAUUCACCUGUGAAAAACACAGCGAACUCACUCACAGCGUAGAAGUGAAAGACGACCAAGACCAAAUCAUUUUGUAUUCUCUGCAAAGCCCACUCAUCUUAUACUUUUGUAAACCAUGGAGAUGAAGUCAGUUAAGGUGUCGGCCUACCUUUGCGGGUUGAUGCUUGCACUGUUUGUUGCCCAAGCUCUCGGAGCAGGAUCCUCAACUUCUGCAAGCAGCACUCUGUCCUCAACACCAGCCCCUUCCACAGAGAUGAGCACGACUAAAAAGUCAUCAGCAGCUCCAGCCACAACUGCUACGACUACUCCAAGUGCGACCACUCUAUCGCCAAAGGAUCAAUGUAAACAGUACAAUGGAUCUUGUGACAAAUGUGUUAGUGAUGCAAAGUGUAUGUACUGCUACACUGACGACAGCUGUCAGUUGUACCCGGCCGGCGAUGUUCUGCCUCCUUCGACCAUGUGUGCUUUAGACGAGGCGAGAUGGGGAGUGUGUUGGUUGAAUUUUGAGGCCUUGAUCAUUUCUGUGAGUGUGAUUGGAGGUGUAAUCAUUCUCACCAUCGUCGUGUGUUGUAUCUACUGCUGCUGCUGCCGUGGAAAGAACAAGAAGAAGUUUGAAAGAGAAGAUGCCAGAUAUGAACAGCAGAAAAUGGAGAGAAAGACAAAGCAAGAUGAACGAAGAAGUGAGAGGAAGAGCCGACUUGAUGAGAUCAGGAGGAAGUAUGGUCUGGUGAAGGAUGAAGCCCCAUACCAACGGUUUGAUGCCUAAAUCUGCCACUGAGUCACCAUGUGUUUGAAGAACUGGUGCAUGGUGGAAUAUUGCAACAGUCCAGUCGGUAGCAGUGUGUCAAGCAGAGGAAAAUCAUCUUUGAAAUGGAGAUAUUAUGGAUGUGCUCCACUCUGGAAGGGGGUGGGGGGAUUCAGGGAGGGAAGGGGGUGGGUUGGGAGAAACAGUUCAAGUAUGUUGAAACUAGAAUUCUGUGCAAAUAUGGAACUAGAUUUUUCAAGUUCCAUGGUCUAUAUUUGUAACAUCUUAAUGAGCAGGGAAUGAAGGGAAUUCAAGGAAUAAGCUACAUCUUAAAGAGUCAAGAUUUUCUCAAGGUUAUUUUUGAUGAAUAUGAAAUCAUAAUUUUAUCUGAUGUUAUUGUGUGACAUACCGAGAGUACAAUUUAUUAUUGCAAAUAAACUGAUUUUUUUUCGUGUUGUUUUUCGUUUUGUUUUAGUGUUAACUUUUGUGUAGUUGGAAUCCUUUGAAUUUCUGAUACUGUGCUGGAUAUUAGUUUGAAGAAAAGAAAUCAAAAAUAUGUGUACAUGUUAUGUUCUACAUCUAUUUGUAAGUUUUUGUACAUUUUGACUGUUGAUAUUUCAGUUGCUCUAUUCUGAGUCUGUAUUUUUGCUUUAUUUACUAAUGUUCAAUUUCUGCUGUUUAAUUCCUACAUUAUCAAAGCUUUUCAAGUUUCUAUGAUGGAGUAAGGUCAUCUUAGGCAAAGUCAGGCCUCAUUUGUGUUGGUUUUUCUGAAGAGAUGAAAAACUAGUAAUUUUUGUAAGCAUUUGAAAGUGAAGCAAACAAGAUUUGUUCAUAGAGAUUUUUGUGACUUUCCUCCUUUCGUAAUGUAUAAGGUUGAGAAUGACAGUUGCUUAGUAAAUCUAGAGAUGAGAGCUCCAACGUAUUUUGAUUACCAUUGUGGAAAAUCUGGAAUGGUAGCCUCUUUAAUGAGUGAAAACCUUGGAAUGAUUGGGUUUUAAAAAAUUAAGUUGAGGAGCAUAAUUUUUAACUUAAUCCUGAGUUUGGUACCUUAAUGAUAUGCUGAUCCUGAGGCUACUGCUUUGAAUAAUGAGGAAUUUCGUUUAGGAACUUCAAACUCAAAACGUUUCAAUUAUUUGACUUUAGACUUUAAUUAGACUUGUGAAUAUUAAAUGGAAAUUAAAUGUUUUUUUGUAGAAUGUGUUUUAUAGCAAGGAAGGAAAUUGUCAGGACGACAUUCUGCACUUUGUUUCCAUUGUAAUCAUAUGCAUCUUGAAUGAUUGGAAAUUGAUAAUCAACUCCCCCUCUCCCCACACCUCCUUUCAAAAACAGUCAAAUUUUCUAUUUUCUCAGACCCAUCUCUUCUCCUACAUCUUUUUAGGUGAAUCUUGGUAUUAGUCUUUGAAGCAGAAUAAAAUUCAAAAACUUCCUGAACCAAACUUUCCAGACUCGUGUCUAGAUCUUUUUCAUCAGAAUAGUCUGCCUCACUCUUGGAAUCCAGCUCCGUUUGGUGAAGAAUUUCCUCUGUCAUACACUUUCCUAAUGGUUUUCCACUCUAAAGACUGAAAACUGCUAACAGGAGAACUCACUCCAGCUAUGCUUAGUUGCAUUUCCUUUUUAAAAAUAAAUUUAGAUAAAGCUUGGGGGUUUACAUUAUUUAUGGAAUAUCAGUAACUGAGUAACUAGUCUCCUUGAAAAAACUUGACCAGUAAUCAGAUGAGUGUACUCUUAAGUCUGGAGAAAAAGAGUUAAAGUAAUUUACAAUCACAGUGCCACACAUUUAAGGUAUCUUUGCAGUCUGUUGUCUGACUUUUUCUUCUUCAUAGUUGAAUUAAUUGCCACACAUUUUUUAUUAUUCAUUUCUUACUGUUUUAGUUGUUUUUGGGUUUUGAAAAGACAUCACUUUUUUUAUACGAGUCAUAAUUUACAUAUUGAAUUGGAAUAGCAUGCUUUGCUCAGUAUGCAUAUUCCUGUUAUUGCGAAGUUUUCAGUUUUGAGUCUCACUGAGUACUUGCAGCUUGUUAGAGUGGACUAACUUUGUUUCUUUUUCUUUGCUGCUGAAAGAACAAAAACAAUAAAAAGAUUUCAGUUGGCCAAAGACAAAAGGUGCCUUACUAAACAUUUCCCACUCAGCAUACACUUAUUGUCAGCUCUUUGUGGUUCCUACUUCUUUAUGCUUGGAGAUGUACGCAGAAAAUAUAUUUACCAUAAUCAUUCCACUCUCUUUUAGUGUGUACUGUUGUGACAAAUCUUUAUUUGGAGUGUGUGUCCAGACGUCUUAUAAAUGGCCAUUGUUUUUGUACACCACAUGUCUGUUUUUAUGAAAGUUGAGUAAAGAAUAAGUAUUAUGCAUUUGACAGUAUCUUCUGAUUUUGACUGAGGCAUAAGCUGCUGUUAUUUGCUGGCAAAUUGAAUAGUAUUAUACAAAAUUCAUGAUUGUGAUGAGUUUUAAUGGGUUUUCCUUCAUGGUGUUACUUGUAGCCUCAACCUGUACAAGUGAACCUGUCCAAGACGGCCACUCAGUGUUGAGGAGAAAAGUGGUUAUCUUGGACAGCACUGUGAUUGUCUUGGGCAGUGUCAUUAUAUUUGUUAAAAAUUUUGUGAAAGAGGGGGGGGGGUUGUCUUGGACAGGUGGUAUUCAGAAUAGAUUUGCCUGUAGCUUGCUUUCGAUAGUUUCCCUAAGUUUUUACUUUUAUGCAACUGUUGCUCUAAGUUUUGCAGGUGGACACGAAGUUACUCUUUUACUGCAGCAAAAGCAACUUGAAAUUGUUUCCUAUGUCUUUUUUUGUUCUUACUAUUGCUGCUCUGGGUGCUUUCGACUUCUUUCUCUCAGUACCAUGUGUGAUUUCAGCAGUACCCAGUUGUGUAUAAUAAGAUUAAUUUUCAUGGGUCUGAAUCCACAUAAGAUGCAAUAUUGAAGCUUGACUCAGUACAUAUUGCAAGAGAAAUGUAUAGUGUACCAUCAU